GGGACUGACGUAUUCUUUAAAACGGGAGAGCAAACAAGCAUCAGAUAUGGAACCAGUAUUUUUUUCUUGGUGAAAAUCCGUCCUUUGUGAUACCCUUGGAGUUGCAAAAUGGUUGUGGCUUUUGCAAUAUGCCUAAGGGUUUUUUCGAUGGGUUGUCUGCUGGUUGGGGCUGCUGUCUGUGCUCCUGUAUUUCAAGGUUCUUAUUUUCUUGGUGACUGUGGUAACUCAAUGGGAAACGUCUUCCUUGGAUCCAGCCCCCGACUCGUUCCACCACAGAAGCAGACUGAGAAGCCCACCAACAUGGUCACUCAGAAACCGCCUAACCCAAGGGGCUUGAAGCAUGGUAAAGGCAUCUUUGGACUUGCAAGGAACAGCAAAUCACCUUAUCUGUUGAGCCAGUACAUGAAACACUCAUCUAGCUCUGGUAAUGCCUUCCUGUUGCAUAAGAGUGCUGUACUACCGCAAGCUGGUCAGUCCACUCACACUGAGUUGAAUGCUGAAGUGGAAAUGCUUGUGGAUAACUGUGACAGCGGUGACGCAACCGGCGGUGGGGUCAGCUGCAUUGACCCAUCUGGGUGCGACAUGGACACUGCAAACAGCGGCGGGGGCAGCUGCAGUGACCCAUCAGGGUGCGACUUGGACACUGACGACAGCGGUGGCGUCAGUUGCAGUGACCCAUCCGGGUGCAGUACGGACACUGAAACCAGUGGAGGGGUCAGCUGCAGUGACCGAUCCGGGUGCGACUCAGACACUGACGACAGCGGUGGCGUCAGUUGCAGUGACCCAUCCGGGUGCAGUACGGACACUGACGACAGCGGCGGGGUCAGCUGCAGUGACCCAUCCGGGUGCGACUCGGACACUGACGACAGCGGCGGGGUCAGCUGCAGUGACCCAUCUGGGUGUGACUCGGAAACUGACGACAGCAGUGGGGUCAGUUGCAGUGACCCAUCCGGGUGCAGUACGGACACUGAAACCAGCGGCGGGGUCAGUUGCAGUGACCCAUCCGGGUGCAGUACGGACUCUGAAACCAGCAGCGGGGUUACCUGCAGUGACCCAUCCGGCUGCGGUAAGGACACUGGCGGCACAAGCACCAGCAACGAGAGCGCUGGAACUGACAGCGGCAGUAGGGAGUACCAUCCGGAUAGUGGUGCUGAGGCCUCUCAAGAAACCACAGGCCUGAGGAAACGCCCCUUCUCAAAUGUCCGCUCCAAGUACCACAGAAGAAAAUUUGUUUUCUCCCAAAUGCGCUAUACCCCUGGGGAGUUCAAAACCCAUCGUGGCCAUAACCCUUUCUUGGUGUACUCGAGACACUAGACCAGAGGUUUCCUUCAUGCUUUCAAGCUGGAACAUGUGCAACUUGACCAAUAAAUGCUCACUAAUGCCUCAUUCAC